UGCAGAAAAUUCUUAAAAUUUUAAGGGUUUAAAUCAUUAAAUAAUAUUCCAAAAUCUGCGACUUUUUUUUUACUUAGUGAAAUAGCCUGUAAAUUUAUUUAUAAAUAAAUAUGUACCAUUACUUAGUUGGCAAAUUGCCAUGAACUUCCGGUGCAAGAUAAAGACACACGCGGAUCUAUCGAGAAAAGAACGCGAAUAAUUAUAAAAAUAACUAAAAAGCAAGACUUAUUUAUUAAUUUUACAUUGUCUCGUUUUUAAAAAUGUCCAAUAACGGUGCUCCGGACUCUUGGGAAACUCAAGCAGACGUUAUAGGUGAACAAGGUGCAAAAGAUCCCAAUGAUGUGUCUACAAAAUUUUCCACGUUGAAUGUAAAUGCCGUGGAAUUCGUGCCUUCUUUUUGUAAGUCUUCACCAGGUGAUGACAGCGACUCGCCUACUUCACCUUCACCACAAAAAUCUGAAAGCGGAUCUACAAACUCCGCAGGGAGUCCUGUCUUGAACGGAUGUGGCGAUGGUGGUGAAAGUGGUGAUGGUAGAGCAGCAUCUGCAUCGCCUCGGGUGGAAGAACCGCCUCCCGUGCCACCAGCUGCGGCAGAAGCUGCUCCACUCCCGGUUCCUCCAGAUGUGUCCCCCACAGCAGACAGCUGGGAGGCUGAAGCUGAUGAUGCCCUACUUACUCCGGAAGACAACAAUGAUGCAGAGGAAGAAGAAACAGAUGCACAGGAUGAUGGAGAAAUAGCAAAAAAGAUCCCUAAGAAAAAACCAACCCGAGUGGAGGAUACACGCAGCAAGAAAGAACAUGUAAAUGUUGUAUUCAUUGGCCAUGUUGAUGCUGGGAAAUCUACAAUUGGUGGGCAAAUUAUGUCACUGACAGGAAUGGUAGACAAGAGAACUUUAGAGAAGUAUGAACGAGAGGCCAGAGAGAAAUCAAGAGAAUCAUGGUAUCUUUCCUGGGCUCUUGACACCAAUCAAGAAGAGCGAGACAAGGGAAAAACUGUGGAAGUUGGAAGAGCAUAUUUUGAGACUGAUAAGAAGCAUUUUACGAUCCUGGAUGCUCCCGGGCACAAGAGUUUCGUACCUAACAUGAUUGGCGGCGCGGCGCAGGCUGAUCUAGCUGUACUUGUGAUAUCUGCAAGGAAAGGUGAAUUUGAAACAGGAUUCGACCGAGGCGGACAGACCCGUGAGCAUGCCAUGUUAGCUAAGACCGCAGGUGUGAAGCAUUUAGUUGCGCUUGUUAACAAAAUGGAUGAUCCCACAGUCAAUUGGGAUGAAAAGAGGUACAAUGAAUGUCGAGACAAAAUCCUUCCAUACCUUAAAAAGCUUGGCUUCAAUACGGCUAAAGACUUAUCUUUCUUGCCUGUAUCCGGACAAACUGGACAAGGUUUACUGGAAAGAGUAACUGAGGAAAUUUGUCCCUGGUACCGUGGUCCAUCGUUUAUUCAACUGAUCGACGAACUGCCGUCCCUCAACCGCAAGAUGGACGGUCCGUUCAUAAUGCCCGUCGUGGACAAGUACAAGGACAUGGGCACAGUGCUCAUGGGCAAGGUGGAGGCGGGCACCACGCGCAAAGGCAGUACUCUGGUCCUAAUGCCUAAUCGGGUCCAAGUGACAGUAGAUCAAUUAUGGUCAGAUGACAUUGAGGUGACCUCAAUUGGCCCAGGCGAAAAUGUGAAAGUUAAACUCAAAGGAAUUGAAGAAGAGGAUGUCUCUCCUGGCUUCGUCCUCUGUGACACGGCCGAUCCAAUCAGAACUGGCAGGAUAUUUGAUGCCCAAGUGGUCAUAUUGGAACACAAGUCCAUCAUUUGCGCGGGCUACUCCGCCGUUAUGCACAUACAUUGCGCCGCUGAAGAAGUUACUGUUAAGGCGUUAAUCUGUUUGGUAGACAAAAAGACUGGAGACAAAUCUAAGACGCGGCCGCGGUUCGUGAAGCAAGACCAAGUGGCCAUAAUGAGGAUAGAGUGCGCGGGUGUUAUCUGCCUCGAACCUUUCAAGAACUUUGCUCAAAUGGGCAGGUUCACAUUAAGAGAUGAAAAUAAAACAAUCGCGAUCGGCAAAGUCCUGAAGGUGAUCGAGUAAAUUUGGCACUAUGACUCGUAUUUUAGUUAGGAUAGGCCUUUCCAAAACCUGUAUCAUCGGAGAAUGCAUAUAAUAUGUAAUUCUGAAUUUUGGGAUCUUAUGUGAGAGCUCGAGUGUGUCGCUUCAUCAUCGGUGUUUGUUGAAUUAUAGAGAAGCUAGUCCUCGCGGAAUAUUACUGAUCACAGCCACUGCCAUUGAGCAAAAUUAUACUUUUACACCAAACGGACAAGGCAAAUGUUUCUUGUGAAUGAAAUGCAUAGUAUUAUACAAUUAUUUAAUUAUAUUUAUGCUGCUUUAAACUAAUCUUGUUAUGGUCUUAAAUCGCCUAAAUCGUGACUAUAAAUGAGUUUGUUAUGCCUGUUUUACAAAUCUAUUUUCCCUAAGGCCAAAUGUCCACUUGCAAGUUUCCUUAUAGAAGUCAAAUGUCGCUAGUUCUGCUGUACAUAAUCUCUAAACUGACAGGUCUAAAUCUAGUGCUGUCCUUUUCCAUAGAUAAUAUUAUCAAAAAGAUAGCAAUAGAUGUAGACAUGUCAUUUUAGUUUUAGAGAUAGUGUACAACAGAAUUAGCCACAAUGUCAUUGUCAUGUCAAUUUCUGUGAGUUUAUUGCAAAGUUGAAAGUUGGCGAAGUUACAGUGUGAAAGCUGCUGACUUCUGCAAGAAUUUGCAUUAGUUACUUGUCAGUGAACACUUGGUCUGAGAAAUAAUAGGCAGGCAUUUUAGUAGAGAAAAAUAACUAAAUACUUUUAUUAUUCAUUUCAUUCAUAAGAAUCUUACUAUCGUCUCUGAGACUUGCAAUAAAUUAAUGCUUUUUCUUUUAAGUAUAGAAACAAGUUACGCUAGCAACGUUGAAUACUGUCUUGCGUUAUUUAUUAAUCAGCUGAUAUUGACAAUACCCAUUGUAUUUUCUGUUAUAUUUUAGUUGUGAGCUCAAAUCAUGUUUCUGACUUGUUUGAUUUGUACAAUUACCAAUUUGCUUAUGAAUAUGUACAAAUGAGAUCUUACAUAAUGUAAUAAUUUGCUGCACUUUAUGAACAUACAUAUAUAACUUUUAAAGAAAUAGUUGUGCUCUUACCAACUGAAUUUCUGUUUAGCAUAAUUUAAUAUUUAUUUGUUUAAAUUAAAUUUUAUUAUGAAACUACUUUUUUUUAAUAAAAAUAUAUUUUGUUUAAAAUAAAGUGAUAAUUUAAAGCGACAAACCAUGAUAAAUAACAGGUUGAGCGUUGCUACCGCGUAGACAAAUUUUUUCCUCAAUUUUACGAAAUAUACAAAUUUAUUUAUUUGAAAAAUAUAUUUUAACUAGAUGAUGCCCGCGACUUCGUCCGCGCGGAUAUGUUUUAAAAAUCCGUAGGGUAUUCUGGGCGCUAUCUCUGUAGAAAGUAGAUGAUAUCUGCAACAUUAUUCAUGUGGAUUUAGGUUCAUUAAAAAUCCUGUGGGAACUCCUUAACUUUCCGGGAUAAAAAUUAGCCUUUGUGCAUCUUCAGGAUGCAAACUACAGAGUAGAUGAUGCGCACUACUUAUCCACGUGGAUUUUUAUGGUGGUUAGUUAGUGUGAACUCUGACCUUCCCCUGAUGCGAGCUAUCUCUGUACGAAAUUUCAUCAAAAUCUGUUUAACGGAUCACGGAUAGCAGAGACUACGACAGACAGAGAGACACUUUCGCAUUUAUAGUAUUAGUAUGGAAUGAAUAUUUCGUGAGUAAGUGUCAAUAGUAGGUGUUCUAUGUGCUCUUAUUUCAUGACACUGCAUAACUCCGCAAUGAUGUUUAACAUAAAUUAAUAUUUUUGUACAUUUGCACAUUACAAUGUAAUAUAACUUGUAGCUUGAUAGGUGGGUGGGUUUUGGAGUGUAUCCGAGCCAUGAUUUUCCAGGAAGUUAAUGAGGGCAAAAGAUUUAUGUUUGUUUAAUAAUGAAUCAGUGAAUGUGAUGCAAAUGGAAUGGGGUAAGCGUUUCUAAAGUCUUGGUAGCAUGAAAUAAUAGAGCACUAUGAAACAUUGAAUGCCCCGAUACAAUGACGGGAAAAGUGGAUGAAGCUCUCAUGUACUGUUGGGAUGAUCAUCACAUAGUGUAUCACAGAUAAUGAGUUUUGCAUAACCAUAUUUAUUUUGUGGCUGUAAUGUAAUUAAUAAGUAAUAAUAAUAACUAUACAACAGGAGCUGUGCUCAUUGAAUGAUAUGGCAUAUUGUAAUGAUCAUCCUGAACGAAUAGUGAAACCUAUAUUUUCACAUAUUAUAAUGAAUUAUUAGUAAUUAUAUUACUGGCCCAAUACUUUUAAUGCAAGAUUGUUUUAUUUCAAAUAAUUUCAUCAGCGUUUUACUGAAUAAAUAUUUGUGUAGAUCCAACUCAUAACAAUUAUGUAUGUUUAUAAUAUUGAUUAUAUUACUUGCAAUAUUGUUUAUAAAAUUAUGAUAAUAUGUAAUAAAUUAUUGCUCUGAUUAACGACCAAUACACUGGCAAAGCUCUAAGGUGUUUCUGUUUCGGCUUACACAUCCAUUGCUUUCAAAUCGAGACACGUGAAAUACAUAAAGGUUGAAUUAGAAACGACCAGUUGACACCGCUGUAGCCAAUUUAUGAAAUUAGUUAAUCGUCAUUUUAAAGUUAACAUGAGAACACAAAUUACUUGCAUGAAACAAGACACAAUGGCUUAAGUACUGUAUGGAAAUAAAUUUAACAUCGACUCAUCUUGCGACGUUAUGAAUAAAUAAUUAUUAUGAUGGAGUAUAAAAUAUCUGCUUAUUAAUAUAAUCAGUUUUCUAACGACCGAGGCGGAAUUAUGUUAUUGUCAAUAUUUUGUGUAUAUCAGUGGACAAAACGUGAGACGAACGCAGCUCCCCACCUCGGUUCACCUCGUGCAGUAGUUUGUGACGCUUGUAGUGGGAGUAGGACGCGGCGCGACGGCCGCGUCGUAGUGCCUUUCAGUUCCCGCGCGGGGCCGCGUCCGUCUCGCGCGCCUCACCGCCGCACGACAACUUUCCGGUUGUCGACAAGUAUAUUAUUUUGUUUAAAAUAAAAUAAAAUUUUAUUAUAAAUACGGU